AUGUUUACCCUUGCAGAAGUUGCAUCGCUCAAUGACAUCCAGCCAACUUAUCGUAUCUUGAAACCAUGGUGGGAUGUAUUUAUGGAUUAUCUAGCUGUUGUUAUGUUAAUGGUUGCUAUUUUUGCUGGAACCAUGCAGCUGACCAAAGACCAGGUGGUCUGCUUGCCCGUUUUGCAGUCUACUGUAAAUUCAAAAGCACAACCUGGCUCGUCAGGGAAGGCUGACUUUACCACUGUUGAAACAACCACUGGUCAAGGAGAAGAAGCAUCAAUGAGAACGGUUUCCUUCGGAAGUGCCCCUACUGUAACACCUGAUGUACCUCUGAGCAGAGCUACCUCUUCUCAGUAUCAACCCACUGAAUCAGGCCAGGAGCUGAAGAAGGAGCAGAAAGAUUCUUCAGGCCGUAAAACAAAUUUGGAUUUUCAGCAAUACGUAUUUAUUAACCAGAUGUGCUAUCAUUUGGCUCUUCCUUGGUAUUCAAAGUAUUUUCCCUAUCUUGUUCUCAUCCAUACUAUCAUUUUAAUAGUCAGUAGCAAUUUUUGGUUCAAGUAUCCCAAGACUUGCUCAAAGAUUGAGCAUUUUGUGUCUAUAUUAGGGAAGUGCUUUGAGUCCCCUUGGACUACGAAAGCAUUGUCUGAAACAGCAUGCGAGGACUCCGAGGAGAACAAACAGAGGUUAACUGGUGCCCAGUCCCUGCCCAAGUACGUUUCCACUAGCAGUGAUGAAGGAAGCCCAAGUGCCAGCACUCCCAUGAUAACAAAGUCUGGCUUCAAGUUUUCGGCUGACAAGCCAAUGAUUGAGGUUCCCAGUGUCACUAUUUUAGAUAAGAAAGAUGGAGAGCAAGCCAAAGCGCUGUUUGAGAAAGUCCGUAAGUUCCGGGCUCACGUGGAGGACAGUGAUCUGAUUUACAAGCUCUAUGUUGGCCAGACUGUCAUCAAGACUGUGAAGUUCAUAUUUAUUCUCUGCUAUACUGCAAACUUUGUCAACACCAUUAGUUUUGAACACAUCUGCAACCCAAAAGUGGAACACCUGAUUGGCUACACACAGUUUGAAUGUACACACAACAUGGCUUACAUGUUGAAGAAGCUGCUUAUCAGCUAUAUUUCCCUUAUUUGUGUCUAUGGUUUUAUCUGCCUUUACACGCUUUUCUGGCUGUUCCGUAUACCUUUAAAAGAAUAUUCCUUUGAAAAAGUCAGAGAAGAGAGUAGCUUCAGUGACAUCCCUGAUGUCAAAAAUGAUUUUGCAUUUCUCUUGCAUAUGGUAGAUCAGUACGACCAGCUAUAUUCUAAGCGAUUUGGUGUCUUUUUGUCAGAGGUAAGUGAGAACAAACUUCGGGAAAUUAGCUUAAACCAUGAAUGGACUUUUGAAAAGCUGCGGCAACAUGUUUCCCGCAAUGCCCAGGACAAGCAAGAGUUGCAUCUCUUCAUGCUGUCGGGGGUCCCCGAUGCAGUGUUUGAUCUGACGGAUUUAGAUAUGUUGAAACUGGAGCUGAUUCCUGAAGCGAAAAUCCCAGCGAAAAUUUCCCAGAUGACGAAUCUUCAGGAGCUUCAUCUGUGCCACUGCCCUGCGAAGGUCGAGCAAACUGCCUUCAGCUUCCUCCGGGACCACUUGAGAUGCCUUCAUGUGAAAUUCACAGAUGUUGCAGAAAUUCCUGCGUGGGUGUAUUUGCUCAAAAACCUCCGUGAAUUGUACUUGAUAGGCAACUUGAACUCUGAAAACAAUAAAAUGAUAGGGCUUGAAUCUCUCAGAGAAUUGAGACACCUUAAAAUUCUCCACGUGAAAAGCAAUUUGACCAAAAUUCCCCCCAAUAUCACAGAUGUGGCACCACAUCUGACAAAACUAGUCAUUCAUAAUGACGGCACUAAGCUUGUGGUACUCAAUAGCCUUAAGAAAAUGACUAAUGUUGCGGAGUUGGAACUGCAGAACUGUGAACUGGAGAGAAUUCCCCAUGCCAUCUUCAGCCUCUCUAACCUACAGGAACUGGAUUUAAAGUCAAAUAGCAUACGCACAAUUGAAGAAAUUAUCAGUUUCCAGCACUUAAAAAGAUUGACUUGUUUAAAGCUGUGGCACAAUAAAAUAGUCAGCAUUCCCUCCUCCAUUAUCCACGUAAAGAAUUUGGAGUCUCUUUAUCUCUCCAAUAACAAACUCGAAUCCUUACCAGCUGCAGUGUUCAGUUUACAGAAACUUAGGUGUUUAGAUGUAAGCUACAACUCAAUCGCAUUGAUUCCGGUGGAAAUAGGUUUGCUUCAAAAUCUGCAGCAUUUUCACAUCACAGGAAACAAAGUCGACGUUUUGCCAAAACAGUUAUUUAAAUGUGUUAAACUGAGGACUUUGGGUCUGGGACAAAACUGUAUUACCUCCAUCCCAGAUAAAAUUAGUCAACUGUUGCAGCUGACUCAUCUGGAACUGAAGGGAAACUGCUUGGACCGUCUGCCAGCCACGCUGGGACAGUGUCAGCUUCUCAGGAAAAGUGGGCUCGUGGUGGAAGAUCACCUCUUUGACGCUUUGCCCUCAGAAGUUAAAGAGGUGUUGAAUCAAGACACAAGCAUUCCCUUUGCUAAUGGGAUUUAGGCUGAGCUGAAAUGCUCCGGUAGCUGACUUCCGAACAGCAAAUGCUAAAAAGUAUAGCAAUUGUGAGACUGUGUGUUUUAGAAAGCAGAAUUCCUUGGAAGGCAGGACUACUAGCAGGAUUAGAAGAGGUAUAAGCGAGUGUUCAGUGUUUGCAGUGUUUUAAAAGAUUAUUUCCAAAAUUUCUGAGAGGGUAAAAAACCUUAAUAAUCUCAAUUCUUUUCUCCUUAAAUUGUUUGUAACUUGGAUGCUGCCGCUUUUGAAUGUUUACAAAUUUGCUUGCCUGCUUAAAGUAAAUGAUGAAAUUGAUGACCUU